AUGGAGAUGGGGAAGAGGUAACUCUCAGUAUUACUUCAUACUUUAUAUAGGUGUACAAGCUUGAAUAGAUCUUUAGUGUAUAUAAUAAAGUCUUUUCAACUCGGACACAAUUAAUCAGUUUUCAAAAUAGCCAACAAGCGACGUCCUAAGAAGAUUCGUCCUCCUUAUAGGAGGUACGUCUAUAAAUCUAGUUUUACAGAAACUGGGAAUAGUAGUGAUGAAGAUAAUGAUAAUGAAGAGAAUAUUGAAGAGAAUGGUUCAUUUGCCUUAGCAUCUAAAGAUCAACAGGGGAAUUAUAAAGACUUUAAUCGGAAAUCAAAUUUAAAUAUACGAUCCAUCUAUGUUCUUACUAAUCAAACUAAUUAUAAGAGUAAGAUAUGGCCUCGAUCACAAUUUGAAAAGAUUGAUGUACUAAAAUGUUGUUUGAAUCAAGGAAAUGAAGAUUAUGAAGAGAAGAUUGAACAAGCGAUAGAACAUCAAAUGAAUGAAGAUCAUUUAAUGAAAUUACCAAUAGAAAUAUUUGUUACUAUCUUUGAAAUCUUAUUAUAUAAAGGUAAAUUAAAACCUAAAUUUAUGAGAGUAUGCAAAUUAUUUUAUUAUAUUAUUAGACCAUUACUUUAUAGAUGUCCUAAAUUGAAAGCUACUAAUUUUUUUUCAUUUGUGGAAACCAUAUCAAAUAAUAAAACUAUUGGUAAUAAUAUUCAUAUAUUAGAUUUAUCAUAUAUUAUUCAAUCUGGUAAAAAUGCAUAUGUGGCUAAAUUAUUAAAACGUUCUCGAUUAAAUUUAGAAGCCUUUGUAGCUCCUCAAACAAGUUUUGGAUUAGGACCUUUAAUUGCCCUUAAAAAUUGUGAAGCUUUAAGAAUCUUAGAUCUAAGCUUAGUAUCAGAAACUUUAAACCUUGAAGAAUUAUUUAAAUCAAUCAAGAAUUUACCAAAUUUAACUCAUUUAUCAUUUCCUCGUUCAUCAAUUGAAAUAAAUGAUUUUGAAAGUAUAACAUGGCCUAGUAAACUUUCAUUUUUAAGAGUUUCUGGAGGUAUAUCUGAUGAUUUUCUUUAUCAUUCUAAUUUCCCUCCUACAAUUACUGGACUUGAAUUUGCUCAUUGUCCAUAUAUUUCAGAUAUAGGGUUAAGACAAAUUAUGUAUAGGUAUGGAAUGCAUUUAAAAACAUUAAGAGUUCAAUAUCCUAUGCCAGGAUUAAGAAAGAGUACACUUGAUUAUGUAUUCCAAUAUUGUCCUAAUCUUAUAACAUUAGAAAUUGCCGUAGAUUAUGUAUCUAGUGCAUUUUUUGAUCAGGGAUUUUUAAGAUAUUUAGAAUAUCCUCGACCUUUAAAAAAUUUAUAUAUUAAUAGUAGUGGUAUGUUAGGAACAUCUACAAAACUUGAUCCAAUUGAUUUAGCUUUAGCUUUAAAUGAAGGUAGAUUACCUUUACUUAAAAAUAUUUCAUGUACAGCUAAACUUGGUUGGGAUCCAAAAUCUGAUGCUGUAACCUACAUUGUUGACGAAUUGGACGAACGUCAAGGUGGGUUAUAUAUCGGUUAUUAAAUACAUUUAGCAUAGUCCCCUUAGUUGUAAUAUAGUAAAAACAAAACAAACUUCAUAUAAUAUAAUAUAAUAUAUGAUACCCUUUAUCCAUUGAUGUCUCCUUAUGUAUUUGUAUAUGAG